AAAGUUUUUCACUUUGAAAUGGAAUUCAUUAAUCAACUUAAAAGUUUUGAAGGUGGACUUCCACCAGUGCUGAAACAGUGGGUUUUGAAAAAAAGGAUGAUUUGGAAACAGGCUAUUGCCUGAUUUCCAGUAAUUUCCACACAAUGGAUGGGGAUGAUCCAUUUUUCUUAAUUUUCGACGAGUUUCACGUCGAAAAUUUCAAGAAUGCUCCCAACGAGUACAAGAAGUGGAAAAUAUUUUCCAUUGCUUGUGCAAAUCUGAGGGGAGAUUUGCAAAUCGUUUACUUAAAAACGACGACUACUGGAGUCCAAGUAUUGGGCUCCGAAUUUAUAAAAGAGUGUGUGGAGUUUGUGCACUCUUUUAUAAAAAAAAUGCCUAAACUGCACCACAAGAUGGCUGGUGCAGGGGCCGACAAAUGCUCCGCCAAUCUAAAGGCGAUUAAAUAUCUACAGAUGCAGGGAAUUCCGGUUCUGUACGAUUUGCGGCAUUUCCAAGACACACUGCAGAGAGGCAGAUAUAUUGAUCAAAUAUUCUGUCGUCUCUACGUUGACCCCACGAUUUCUGGGGACAAUAUGGAGAAAAUUUUAAAGUUGUCUGGAAGUAUUGUGGGGGAGGAUGUUCCCAUCGAAUUGAAAGGAAGAUACGAAGAUGAAGUAUUUUUGAAAUUAAUUUAAAUUAAUAAAUAUUGAUAAAAAUUAUUUAAUUUCAGCUUCGCAGUAUCGAAUGCUUCUUGGGAAGAAUUUUCAAUUCAAUUU